AUGAUAAAAAUUGCAAAGAGGCAAAUAUACUACUCGUGUGAAAAAAAAAAAUACUACACAAACAGAUUAUAUAAAAAAGUGUGCAGCAACUGCACAAGUUUAAACAUAAAUAAUGUAAGCAGGUGUGUGUACUGUGAUAGCAUACUAAGUGACAAUGAUAUUAGAUUAAUAAAGAACACCAUUUUUACAGAUAUCAUAAAUGUACGAAAGGAGUGGAAGCCUUUUGACAGGAAAGCUGUAAGAAGUAGCAACUUUUCCGCACCGCUAUUGAAUAAUGUGGAAAUUGAUGAUAAAUAUGUUCGCCUUAAAAAUGGGCUUAUAAAUAAUUGUGAUAAAUUGUACGUGUACUAUAAUUGCUAUGAUUAUAUCAUAUUAAAUAAUCCGCACAGCAAUUCCUGUCUUAACCUUAUGGUUUUAUUUAAAGGCAUUAUGUAUGAUGUUAAGAAUUUAAAGAGGAAGAACAUAAACUGCUUGUUGCAUUUGUACAACUAUGUGUACUUUGUCAUUGAUAUAUUUCUGUACUUUCUUCUAAUUAGUAAAGGGAAAUUGGUUCACUACAGAUACAUGUAUAAUGUUUCCACGAAGGUCGACGCGGAUUACAAUGACGAGCUUGUAGAUAUUUUGUUUGAGCUGAACACAAUAAUUAAGGAGAAAAAAAAAAGCAUUGUUUUGGAGAAUGGGAGUAAUGAGAAGGAGAGUCAUUUAGAAAAUGUAAACGAAACUAACAUUAUUGAAAAGCUGAAUGAAAAUUAUGAAAAUAUAUAUAUAGAAGUGUUAAAAAAUGUUAAGGACAAAUCAGGGUUGUGUAAAUUUUUUAAAAAACUUGAAGAUGUGAAUGUUAAAAAUAAAAUAAAAAGUUUGAAAAGAUAUUUGUAUAUCGGUUGUUCGUACCCUUCGCCAAUAAAUCACUUUUCCCUUCAAAUAUUAUUCCCCCCAUUUUCAAAUUAUAACUUUUUUGCGUUUCCUUUUUAUUUUCCCAUACGAAAAAUAUUGCACGAUUUGUACGUAUAUGGGCACGUCAAGAAUUAUAGCCACUCGGACAUAAUUAGGAACAUAUACAGCGACAAGUUGGUUAAGGAAUUGAAGGAGAGUGAUUUAUCUUCAAGGAAAAUUCUGCAGUUUUGA